UUUUUUUUUUUUUUUUGUGAAAUAAAAUAGUAAAAAUAAAUUUUAUUAUGUUUAUCAUUAGAUUUCAACAUCAAAAAUAGAACAUUUAUCAUAUUAUCAAUCAUCAUAUUUAUCUCAAUCUGAUCAAAUUCUUCUUGAAAAUAUUUAUAAUGCAUAUGAAUCAACAUGUAUGGUAGUAAAAAAUUCUCAACAUCCAGAUUUUCCUUCAAGAAAACAUACACAAUUAUUUGAAUAUUUAAAUGAAUAUUCUUCUAUACAUAAAGUAUUAAUUGAAUAUUUUAAAAUUAUACCAGAAUUUAAUAGUUUAUGUAUGUAUGAUAAAAUAUGUUUAAUACGAAAUCAAUUUGGUGUUAUAAUCAAUAUUAAUGAAGCUAUUAUUCAUCCUGGUAUAACAACUAAUUUGGUUGUUUCAUUAUCAAAUAUAUACGGUGUACAUAUUACUAAUCGUCUUUUAAAAUCUAUUGAAAGAAUAAUACCAUUUACACAUGAUCCUAUUGUACUUAAACUUCUUCUUAUUAUUGUUACAUUUUGUAGUGGAAAUUAUCGAAAUCGAGGUGAUAAUGAUAUGGAUCAAAUUUGUAAUGAUACUUUAUCAGUAUUUUUUGCACAAAAUAUUUAUGUUGAAUUAUUAUGGAAAUAUGUUUUAUCACGUUCAUCAACAGAAUUUGAUGUAGUGAAAUUUUUUGAUAAAUUAGUUCAAUUUUUACUUUAUUUAUUAGAUGUUCAUUUACUUGUUGAUGGUUAUAUAAAUAAUCAAAUUCAUGAUAUUGAACAAAUGGCACCCUUAAUGCAAAGUAUGUGGCCUAAACCAACUAAUGACGAAAGUAAUUUUAUGAAUGAUAUGGAUACAGAACAGUAUUAA